CUUCCCCAUUUUCAAUUUUAUUUUUACAUCGACGUAUCGUGGUGCGCGAACAAAGACUUCCUUCCGCGCAUUGGAGACGCCAUUCAUUCAUAACGAAUUUUUAAGACAAUUUCUAUAAGACUCAGCGUUAUGAAAUAGGAAACUUUUAUCGGUUAAGAAGUAGCAAUUCAAAUAUGGAUGAAUUCUAGUGAGCUGUCUAACGACAUGGAUGGUCCUGGUACUGUUACGUGGGAAGAAUUCGUCAAGGACGCCAAAGACUUGGUUCGAAGAUCCACUGAAAUUUCAGAUAAUUGGGAAUUUCAGGGAGAUAAGGCAGAACCUGGACAGGCUUAUCUCGUUCGUCAUGCGAAACUUUUCAUUCCUCAAGAUCAUCCUUUAAGAGAUGACGACGAGACUACGGAAAUUGACAAAAGGGAUGAACUCUUGACAACUCUUCGUGAAGAUCCUUUCGAAGCUCCUGGCGAAACGGAGAGUCCUUUGAUUAUGGAACAUCAUAUUCUAUGGUCCAUAAGUUACAGCGUUCCGGUGCUCUUCUUCAACGCCUGGAAAUCUGAUUUUCCUGGAAUCAAUCCGAUCACCGUGGAAAUGGCCAGGAAACUCGUGUCUCACGAAGAAUUGAAUUACUCGGAAUUAUCUCAAGCAAUACAUCCCAUUCUUGGAACGCCAUUUUUACAGUUACAUCCUUGCAUGACACAGGAAUUACUUCAAAUUACGGCUAAGAGCAAAAAUAAAUUAGUCAGUUGGUUAAGCUUCGUGGGACCCGCUGCUCUAAAUUUACAUUUACCCCUGGAAUACUAUGAGUUAACCUUUAUUGAGGACAGAAAAAUGGCGGACGUCAUUUAUAAAUCUGACGAAGACCAUACUGAGAAUCUUGACACAGCGAUUUGCAACACGUCUGAGAAAUGUCAAUAAAACUACUGUAUAUAGCUAGAUAUUUUAUGCAGAUGUAACUUAACGUGUUAUCUAAAUUUCUGUUUACUUGCUGUAUAUCCAUCAUGCAUGUAUAUAUAUAUACGAACGUCUUUAAUAUGCAUAUGUAAACGAACAGUGUAAUUUUGUAAUAAAUUCUACACAGUACGAA